AUGCCAAGUCUAUUCUCAAAACAACUUCACCUCUGCUUCUUCAAACUCAAAAACCCCACAAUUCUCUCCCAACCUCACUCACAACAAAACACCACUCCGCCACCAUCACCACCAUACUCCUUCCAUUUCAACACAACCUUCACCCACCACCACGACGAACCCGAAGAAGACUAUUUCUCCGACGAGACCACAGAACUUCCACCACCCGACUUCGCCUCCGUCUUCGCUUCCCAACGACUCUUCUUCUCCUCCCCGGGCAGCUCCAACUCCAUCACGGAAUCAGAAUCUCCCCCCAACUACACCCCACCCCACAACUCCUUGAUAACAAAAGUAGGUAACGUGAAAAGGGUGCCAAAAUACUCUGUGAACCCUUACGUUGAUUUCCUCCGUUCUAUGCAGGAAAUGAUUCAAUCUCAACAACAAGUCUUCGAUGUUACCAAUGAUUGGGAUUAUCUCCAUGAGCUUCUACUAUGUUACCUUACUCUCAAUCCUAAACAUACUCACAAGUAUAUUGUUCAAGCUUUCACUCACCUCCUUGUCGACCUUUUAUCUUCUUCCUCCUCCUCCUCCUCCUCAUCAUCAUCAUUCUCCUCUUUGCCGCCACGUUCACCGCCUUCUCCGAAUCCCAAUAACAGACUCCGAUAA